UUCGUUGCGUCUGUAAUGGGCGCUUGACUUGAUGGCCAUGUGGAUCCUACCUUACCUUGUGUCUUGGGUAAUUGACAGAACAUAAACAAAGGAUGGCAAUGGCUUUUCUAUUUUUUGUUUUGUGUGUUGUCAUACUAAUAUCCAUGGAAUUAAUCAGUAUGGAAUGGUUUUGCAGAUUCAGAACGCCUAAACCUUCUUACUGAUAAGUCCUGUUUCUUUAUCUUUCUCUUUGAUUGCCUAAGACUCAUAAUGAUGCUGAGAAGAGUGUGGUUAACAUGCUUUGUUACAGCUAUUUUUGGCUUUCUUAUUUGUCAUGAUGAUGCCAUGGGAGCACAACCGUGUAAGCCUGCUCCUUGUGGGGAUCUGGAUGACAUUCAGUACCCUUUUCGCAUGAAAAUUAAUGGUUCUGAUGAUCCUAAUUGUCUCAGCCAUCCACUUGAACUUUCAUGCGAGCAGAAUCACACUGUUUUAAAACUUUUUGAUGGUAUGUAUUAUGUCCAGAAUAUUGAUUAUAGAGGAGGUACAAUCCGCGUUGCUGAUCCUGGUCUGCUAAGCGAUGCUUGUCCCUUUAGGCCACUCCACCAUCUAACAAGUAGAAAUUUUAGUGAAUGGCAGGGGCAGGAAAAUCAAAACUACGAGUUCUACAGUUACUAUGCACUAUCUGUAGUCUUCUUUGAUUGUUUGUCGCAAGUUGACUCUCCUGAGUACGUAAGAAUCAAUUGCAGUAGUACUAGCUCAUCAUCCUCAGCUACAUAUUCUUAUAUUAUGCUGGAAGAUGGAGUCAAUGACCUUCAUUCUUGUAACAUGACUGGGAUUACAAUUCUUUAUCAGGCAAGUAGUGUCCGUUCAUUUUCUGUCAUCCGUGAUGAGUUCAGAAUGGGAUUUGAGCUUUCGUGGUCGAGAUUUGCCCUCGAUGACUACUGCUACUCAAGAACCCAGUCCCUCAAUUGUUUUCGUCAGUUCUUGAUAGACGGUCUCGGAACAGUUGCCCAGCCUAUUGGAUGGAGUCUGAUGACACGAAUGAUUCUCGGCUUUGUUGUUUUACUGGUUGUCUGGAGCUAUAAAAAGUAUUGGAAAAAGUUCCUAAAGGAAGACGUAGUUGAAAAAUUCUUCAAGGCAUGCAAGAAACGUAUGCAAAGACGGUAUUCAUACUCAGAUAUCAAGAAGAUGGCAAUUGCUUGCAAAAAUAAAGCCAGAGAAUACUGGAAAAGGAUAAGAAGCUUGUCCUACUCAGAUAUAAAGAAGAUGGUCAUUGAUGUCAAAAACAAAGUCAGUCAGGCAAACUAUAGAGAAACCUUAUUAGGAAGGUUUGCAUACUCGGACAUUACGACGAUGACACUUGAUUUGAAACACAAAGUCAGUCAUGGUGGCUACUGGAGAAAGAAGGAUGAUGAAGUGGAGGAAUUCUUGGAUGCAUACAAGAAACUUAUGCCACGCAGGUAUUCUUAUUGGGAUAUUAAUAAGAUGACGAAUAAUUUCAAAGAUAAACUUGGACAAGGAGGCUUUGGCUCUGUUUACAAAGGAGAGCUCUCAGAUGGUCAUCUUGUUGCAGUAAAGAUGUUGAGUGGUUCCAAAGGCAAUGGACAAGAUUUCAUCAAUGAAGUUGGCACAAUAGGAAGAAUCCAUCAUGUCAAUGUGGUGCAGCUAAUCGGAUUCUGUUCUGUGGGAUCAAAAAGAGCUCUUGUAUAUGACUUCAUGCCUAAUGGAUCCCUAGAAAAACAUAUCUUUAAAGAUCAAGAAAACAAUCCUGUUCUAAGUUGGGAGAAAAUGCUUCAGAUAGCUCUGGGGGUGGCUCGAGCUAUUGAGUAUCUACACCAAGGCUGUGAUAUGCAGAUUCUUCAUUUUGAUAUUAAGCCCCAUAACAUUCUUCUUGAUGAAAAUUUCAAUUCGAAAAUUUCAGACUUCGGGCUUGCAAGAUUCUACCCGAAAGAUCGUAACACUAUAUAUGUUACUGCUGUGAGAGGUACAAUGGGGUAUAUAGCUCCGGAAAUGUUCUACAGAAGUGUUGGAGGUGUUUCAAGCAAAGCUGAUGUUUACAGCUUUGGAAUGUUGUUAAUGGAAAUGGCAGGGCGGAGGAAGAACUUAAAUGCACUCGUACAAAAUUCAAGCCAAAUAUACUUCCCUUCUUGGAUUUAUGAUCAAAUGGAAAAGGGAGUGAACAUUGAGAUAGAGGAUGCAUGUGAGAAUGAUAAGAAUAUAGCCAAGAAGAUGAUCAUGGUUGCUUUGUGGUGCAUACAACUCAUGCCUGUGGACCGCCCUUCAAUGACCAAGGUUUUAGAGAUGCUGGAAGGUGAAGAUGAACUCCUGCAAAUGGCUCCAAGACCUUUCUUUUGUCCUCAACAGAUGCCAACGGAGGAUGUGCCUGAUGACAGUGAUGAGAUGGAUAUUGAAGAGGUAUCUAUCCUGCCAGCCGAUUCUACAGAAUCGACUUCCAUAGUCUAGAUGGAUUCAUGAAGCUUGGAGUAUCGUA